AUGCUUCUGUCUUCCUUAUUUUUCAUGAAAAGCUUUUGCUUACAGGUCACUUGUGAAAAUAUCCUUCGUUUUGCUGAACUACUUUUUGGUGAUAUCGACCAACUUGCAUCGUGUAUCGUAUUGUUCGACCUCAAACUCCGAUCGGUACUGUAUUGUAGGUCUUCUACCAGUACUAAAGAGUCGCUUCUUCAUUCUCCAGGACAACAUCCGGUUACUCCUUUAGUUGACUUUAUAAUGACAGGAGCCCCUCCAGAUGAUGACAGCCUUAACAUAGAUAUGUUGUCUAAAUGGCUCUCUCAGUCAGUGCUUCUGCCGGUAGUUGUCCGAAAGGUUUUCAAAGCUCUUCUAGCCGGCACUGACGAGCGGCUGAUGCCAGAUCUCAAAGAUAGAACAGUGCUUUCCCCAUCGGCUCUUGUUCUCUCCAAGUCUGUUCGAAAAAUGAAGCUCUUCCUUUUCAGUCAGAAAAAUGGAGAAAGCUUUUCAAAGCUACUUAAUGCAGUGAACGGAGCAGGGCCCUGUUUGAUAGUUAUUGAGUCUGACAAAGGAAGAACAUUUGGCGGUUUCGCCAACGAAGGCUUUUCUUGUGGAAAUCAGUAUACAGGAGACAGCCGGUGUUUCUUGUUUCAAGAUCAUCCCAGACUUGCAAUCUACAGUGCAACUGGUUUUAACAGUGACUUCGCAUAUCUUAAUCACCAACAGGCUUUUUUUCCAAGCGGACUGGGGAUGGGUGGUCAUGAUGACCACUGGUCGUUUUUCUUGCAUGGAGAGUUUGGGCUGGGGACUUCUUCACCCAGUAUAAGCACUUUUGAAAAGUGUUGGUUGGCAAAUGAAACACGAUUUAAGGUUAGAAGUGUCGAGGCUUGGAGGAUUGGGAAACCAACAAAACGGAAACGUUACGACAGCGAGGGGAACGAGAUAAUUGAGGACGAAAUCUCCGCAUUAGACCGUGAUCCAGAAGCUCAAGCAAUUUUAGAACUUGCAGGAAAAAAAACGUACAGCGAUGCCUACAGGGAACCACCAAAGAAUGAAUGA